CUAGAUUGAAUAGCACAGCGGAAAGGAUGCAGUACGUUGGGAAAGUUGGUGGGUACGUUUAUAACCAAUGGAAUUCAUUGAAUCCCGCUACGUUAUCAGGAGCCAUUGAUAUAAUAGUGGUUGAACAACCGGAUGGAUCACUUCAUUGUUCGCCGUGGCAUGUUAGGUUUGGGAAGUUUCAGAUCAUCAAGCCGCUGCAGAAGAAGAUUGACUUGUAUGUUAAUGAUAUUAAGACUAAUUUGCCAAUGAAGUUGGGAGACGGGGGUGAAGCGUUUUUUGUAUUUGAAACCACCAAUUCCAAUGAUGAUAUAUCGAAAUCGGUUUUGACAUCACCAGUGAUAAGUGCCUCUUCAUCGCCGUUGAAUAGUCCUUCUAAUUCUCCUCCCAAUUCAACUCCUCAAUCCACAUUAGAUUUAUCUAAUGAACCAGAAUUACUUGAUUUAAAUAACGAGGGUAUAGACCCCCAUGAUCAAGAUAUAGAAAGCAAAAUCAAAUUGAGCGAAGAAAUACCAAGCUCCCCGGUUUCAAGACCGCAAUCAGCAUCAUCAUUAUCUAAAUCACCCACGCCAACAUAUCAGCUGAAAAUUGCAUUUGAAAAGGCCCGUAAAAUUACUCAAAAGUUGAAUAUUCCUUCUAAAAUUGAUAUUAAUGGUGAUAUGGUUUUAGAUAUGGAUGGUUAUAAACCAAAUAGUCAAAAAAAUAUUGAAAGCACCGACGAAUUAUUUAAAAAAAUCUUUAUGAAAGAAAUUGAUAAAUUAACUGAUGAUAAUAAUGAUGAAAAAACUUUUAAUCUUUGGGAUGAAAUCAUUUGUAAAGAUAAAGAUGGUAAUAUCCGAAUUUUAAAUAAUCAAAGUCCAGAGAUAAAUGAAUUACAAGAUGAUUUAAACAAUUCUAAUUUAAAUUUAAAUGAUUUAUCAAUCGAUGAAUCAACAAAUUCAUUAAAUGAUCUUAAGUUUAAUGAUAAAACAUAUUUUAAAACUCUUCGUCUUACUUCAGAACAAUUACAAAAAAUGAAUUUACACUAUGGAGAAAAUAAAUUAAAAUUUAAAUUAAAUCAAGGUACUUCUCAAAUUAUAUCAAACUUAUACUUAUGGAAACUGACUACUCCAAUAGUUAUAUCAGAUAUUGAUGGUACCAUUACAAAAUCAGAUGCUUUAGGCCAUGUAUUAAAUUUAUUUGGUAGAGAUUGGACUCAUCCAGGUGUUGCUAAUUUAUUUCAAGAUAUUAAAGCAAAUGGUUAUAAUAUUAUUUACCUUACUGCUAGAUCAGUUGGACAAGCUGAUACAACAAGACAAUAUUUAGAAAGUAUCAAUCAAGACGGUAUGAAAUUACCAAAAGGUCCAGUAAUUUUAAGUCCUGAUCGAACAAUGGCUGCAUUGAAAAGAGAAGUAAUUUUGAAAAAACCAGAAGUUUUCAAAAUGGCAUGUUUAAGUGAUAUUAAAAAAAAUACUUUAAAUAAUGACGAUGAUGAAAGAACCCCAUUUUAUGCCGGUUUUGGGAAUCGUAUUACUGAUGCAAUAAGUUAUAGAAGUGUUAAAGUACCUCUGCAUAGAAUCUUCACCAUUAAUCCAAAUGGUGAAGUUCAUAUGGAAUUAUUAGAAUUGGCUGGUUAUAAAUCAUCUUAUUUACAUAUUGGAGAAUUAGUUGAUCAUUUUUUCCCUCCUUUAAAACAAGUUAGUGAUUUCAAUAGUUAUUGGAAUAAUAAUCAAUUUAAUCAAUAUAUUAAUCAAAAAAAUGAAAAUGUUUCAACCGAUGAAGAAAUAUUGAGAUCUCCUGGAAGUCCAAGGUCUCCUGGAAGUCCAAGAUCUCCCGAGAUUAAUUCCAUCUAUAAUUUACAUACUGAUGAAAAAUUUAGUGAUGUUAAUUAUUGGAGAGAACCAUUGAAUAAUUUAAGUGAUUUGAGCGACUUAGAAGAUGAUGAAGAUGAACCAGAAAGUUUAAAAUCUCAACCUUCAUCUCCUCAAAAAUCACCACCUUCAUCUCCAAGAUCAGCUGUUGCAUCCUAUUUCACCUCAACUAAAAAUGAAAGACCAACCUCAAUGUCGUCCUUCACUUCUCCUUUGAAAAAUUUCAUGAUGUUUGGUAAUGAUAACCAAGAUGAUGAUGAUAAUGUCGACGCCGAUGCCAAUGAUCAUAGCGAUUACACUGACGACGACGAUUAUACCGACGAUAACGACGAGGACUACGAGGAUGACUACGAGGAUGACUACACGGAUGAUGACUACGACGACGAUGACGAUGACGAAGUGGACGAUGAAGACAUUGACGGUGAUGAUGGCUUACCAGAAAAUAUGAAAAGCCUUGAUAUUCAACUGUCAACAUCCGGUGAACCUCCGCAAAUAGUCAAGGCCAGUGAUUUAUUAAAUAAAUAGAACCAUACGCCAAAUAUAUUUAUAACUCACCUUUGAAUUUUAAACACCGAACAGGC